GACUACUGUUCUAUUCCCUUUAUUUUUUCUGUGGGUGAAAGAUACCCAUUCUUUUGUUGAUCCUCAUAGUUUGGUUUCCAGAACUUUAUAACUUUUUUAGUAGCUUUCCUCUGAAUGUACUUCUAUUUGUCACUAUACUUUUUGAAUUAUGGUGCCCAUAAGUAAACAAAAUACUCCAAGUGAGUAGGGCAGAGUUAUCAAGCAUAGAGAAAAGUGGAACUGUUUGUGAUUAGUGCACCUCAAGUUAGUAUUUGUCUUAUUAGCCGUAUCACACUGCUGGCUCAUGCUUAAUUCAUGGAAAUAGAUUACUCAUUAGCUUACAUGGAAGCAUGAAUGAAGUAGUUCUUUGUGUUUCAAUGUUUUUAUUAAGGUGGUUGUAACCAUGAAUAUAGAAUUUGCGCAGAAAACUGAACUAGCAAGAAUUGCUAAUCUAAAGGAAGAGGAAAUUUCACUGAUGAAACCCAUAGGAACUCAGCUGGAGAAUAAUUAUCAUAGAAAGGAAUAUCUAGAAGAAUUAAAUAGUCACAUAAAUGAGAAGACAUGCAGUAAGCCUGAAGAAUUGUAUGGUAAAAUGUCACCACUUGAAAGACAAUUUGAACUUGAUGCUAAACAAGCUACACUCUAUGAAGUGCAACAUUUUCAUCCAAAGCUUUCAACAUAUUCUUCCUCCCAUGAAGAAGAAAUUAUUGAAAAGAUACCUAUGAUUACAAAUGAAGUUUCAACUUCCAGCAUUGUUACUUCAACCCAGAUAUUGUCUUAUGAGGAUCACCUGGAAGAUAUGCGUCAAGAGCUUGUUCGUCAGUAUCAAGAGCAUCAGCAGGCAACAGAAAUAUUAAAACAGAGUCACAUGCAGCAAAUGGAGAGGCAGAAAGAAAAUCAAGAGCUUCUCCUAACAGAGCUUGAUAGUCUUAAAAUACGGUUAGCAGAGAAUAUUAAUGAAAAUGCCAUAACAGAAAGAGAACAAAUGCUUUUAUAUGAACUAGAAUCACUAAAGAAGCAAUUAAUAGUUGGGAGAGAAAAGCAACUCUCUGAGUUAAAAAACAGCAGUACUCAAACACAGAAUGAAAGUGUGAGUCAGACUGAAAAUAAAGAGCAUAUUUUAGAAGUUGAAGAUAGAGAAGAACAACACGAACAAGCUUCUCUCGACAUUCUUUCAAAAGAGAGAUGUACUUUGCAGAAAGCCAGUAGUAGGCUGAUGAAGAUUCUGUUGGAUAUUGUGAAGACUACUGCAGCUGUAGAAGAAACAAUUGGACACCUUGUUGUAAAACUUCUAGAUCAGUCACCAAAAUCUCAGUUCCUUUUUAAAAGUCUUGCAUGGGAAGCAAGAACAGAAGAUACCAUAAAACCAAGCAUCUACGUGGGAUAUGAGCCAGGUACUUGUAGUAAGGUUAUGUUCUAGAUUUUUAUAGGAUAUUUAGUAUCAAUAAUUUCAAGUGAAAUGUAUUGAGUAUCAGGUACAAGCCCAGAGACAAAAUAAUUUAAUUCAGUCCUUUAGUGACUUAUACCUAAUAAUUUUGGCAAACUAAGGCUAUAACUUUCUUGCCUAGUAAAUAUAUCAUGAGAAAUUCUAGGAUUUGGCUAUCCUGAACCUUUUUCCUUCUUCCCCAUCCAGUUUGGGCUGCACAAUCCCUUAAUAAGGGCCUCUUUCUGGGAAAGUUUAUUAUUGCC